AUGUCGGUGUCCUGUGUACCAUAUUACUGGGCUACUGAGCUAUCUACUGCUGAACAAGAGCAACCAUUAUUACGUGUAUCUGUUUAUCAAUGUCGAUCAAUAUUAAACGACUUAAAUAAAACAUUACAUCUGAUAUCACAAAAAGCAUAUGAAGCAAAAACUAUUUAUGCAUCACAAUUAUUAAUAUUUCCAGAAUUAUUUUUAUCCGGUUAUGAUCUACCCUAUGAUAAAAUGUUAAAUAUAAGUAAACAAAUUAUUACUGAACAAAUAAUGGAACGAAUAAAACAAAUAGCUAUUAAAAAUUCGAUAGCUCUGUUAAUAUCAUAUCCAGAAUUGAUUAGUGAUGAUGAUCAACAAACAAUAUACAACUCAUCAUGUCUAGUCAAUUCUAACGGUGAAAUUUUAUUAAAUUAUCGUAAAACACAUUUAUGGGGUAAUAAUGAAAAAAAUAUAUUUAGCAGUGGCAAUGAUUGUUAUCAAUUAUGUGAAUUAAAUUCAGUUAAAAUAGGUAUUCUGAUAUGUUAUGAUAUAGAGUUUCCUGAACCAAUGAGAUGUUUAACAUUGAUGGGUGCACAAUUAAUUCUGGUACCAACAGCAUUAGCCAAAGAUAUAUAUAAUAUAAAUGUUGAUAUAACAACGAAAGUGAUAGCAACACGUGCUAUGGAAAACCAUGUAUGGAUUGCCUAUUCGAAUUUUUAUGGUUUGUACUCAAAAGAAGAAUCAACACUUGAAUAUUGUGGUCUGUCUUGUAUUGUUGGUCCCGACGGUAAAGAUCUAUGUCGUGCAACAGACAAUAAUGACAAAGAUGAAUUAAUGACAGCUGAAUUGUGUCCACAACAUUUCAAAGAAAACUUACGUGGUACACCUUAUUUAGCUGAUAGACGUACAGAUAUGUUUCAAUUGAUAGCAAAUACAAAUAUGAAAUUUGCAUUACCCGAUAAUUAUUCAUAUCAUUAG